AACAAAAUCUAAGUCCAGAUCGAACGAGCAUCCAAAAGAAGUAUCUGGAGGGAGAUUUUUUUCUUUCCUGUGAGCAGCAACAGCUUCCUACGGACCCUGCUGGAGCCCCAGCUCGGAUUAGCCCUUCAGACAGCAAUGAAUGCUUCCUGCUGCCUGCUCUCUGCUCAGCCAGCGCUGCUUAAUGGCUCAGAGCACCUGCAAGCCCCUUCCUUCAGCAACCAGAGCAGCAGUGCAUUCUGCGAGCAGGUCUUUAUCAAGCCCGAGGUUUUCCUGACCCUAGGCAUCAUCAGUCUGCUGGAAAACAUCCUGGUUAUCCUGGCCGUGGUCAGGAACAGCAACCUGCACUCCCCAAUGUACUUCUUCCUCUGCAGCCUGGCUGUGGCCGACAUGCUGGUAAGUGUGUCCAAUGCCCUGGAGACCAUCAUGAUCGCCAUUGUCCACAGCGACUACCUGACCUUGGAGGACCAGUUCAUCCAGCACAUGGACAACAUCUUUGACUCCAUGAUCUGCAUUUCACUGGUGGCCUCCAUCUGCAACCUCCUGGCCAUCGCCGUUGACAGGUACGUCACCAUCUUCUACGCGCUCCGCUACCACAGCAUCAUGACUGUGAGGAAGGCCCUCACCUUGAUCGUGGCCAUCUGGGUCUGCUGCGGCAUCUGUGGUGUGGUGUUCAUCAUCUACUCAGAGAGCAAGAUGGUCAUCGUGUGCCUCAUCACCAUGUUCUUCGCCAUGAUGCUCCUCAUGGGCACCCUUUACGUGCACAUGUUCCUCUUCGCGCGGCUGCACGUCAAGCGUAUAGCGGCACUGCCACCUGCCGACGGGGCGGCCCCACAACAGCACUCGUGCAUGAAGGGGGCAGUCACCAUCACCAUCCUCCUGGGCGUGUUCAUCUUCUGCUGGGCCCCCUUCUUCCUCCACCUGGUCCUCAUCAUCACCUGCCCCACCAACCCCUACUGCAUCUGCUACACUGCCCACUUCAACACCUACCUGGUUCUGAUCAUGUGCAACUCCAUCAUCGACCCGCUCAUCUACGCCUUCCGGAGCCUGGAACUGCGCAACACCUUCAAGGAGAUUCUCUGUGGCUGCAAUGGCAUGAACUUGGGAUAGGAUGCAGGGCCAUGGAGAUGAUCAUUAGUAGGGUCACUUUUGACCCUCCAUCCAGCCAAGAUGUUCAGAAAGAAAAAAUAUAUACUUAGAAGAUAUAAAUAUGUGUUGACAGCCACGAUUGUACCUGUCUUUUGUUUUUAAGGUUAUAAAGGCUUUUAAAGGGGAAAAUGGUGAAUAACAGGCUCUCUGAAAGGAUUCCAAAGUGGGUAAGUCAAAAACUCUGAUUUCCCAAAUAGUCACUGGGAGAAAUCAGUGAAGGCUUCUUUGCAUGCUCCUUGCACUCAUUCCCAAACACCUAGGGUGUGUGACGCCUGUCUGCUCAUCUGCUCCACAUCCACGUCUUCACGCUCCAGGCCAGACCAGACUGAAGGAUUCUCAUGAAUCAGACUGGUUCAGAUCUCUUGCAAGCAAACCUGUUACAGCUAUGACCUCCUGCUGCUGGCUACAUGGAUACAUGGUUUUGCACUUAUAACUCCAUAGGAGACUGAGUUCUACUCUGUUAUUCUAUUUACAGUGAGACAACUGUCUCUUUCAGAAAGGAGCAAUGCUAUGCCACUUUCCCCUUUUCUUACCUACACACCCCUUCAUUUGCUCCCACCCCCAAAGGCAGCAUGAGGAUGCAGCCCACUUCUAUUUUUCUGUUGUUGUGUUGGUGUUUGUUAUUGCUGUUUUGUUUUUAUGGAUUAGGUCUAAGACAACCUUCAAAACGCUAACAAAGGAAAGUGCUUUGGACAAUCAGAACAUACCUGUGUAAUUGUAUUGAUACCUUGUUAUUUUAAGGUGUAAAUUACUCUUUUUAAAAUAACUUCUUUUUUCUAUUAUUUAUUUUCUCCCUUUAAAACAAGAAAGGAGAUCGUGUGGGGGGUACAUGUGUAUAUAUAUAUAUAUAUAUAUAUAUAGGUACAUAUACAUCUCACAAGAAAUUGCUUUACUGUAGCUUAAGAUAGUUUGAGAAACUGUAGAACCACUGUGUGGCUUUCUUGGGAACCCUUGUUUUUGCUUAUAAUAAUUGCAUUUCUAUCACAGGACUUCUUCAACGCUAUCUAUGAAAGAGAAAGUCUUUUUGGCUCUUUUCUCCUUUUGCUUGAGUGACCCUGUUAUCAGCAUCUAUACCUUGUCAAGUACAGGAAUUCAUUCCUGGGAGCACAGGGUGAGAUUAGCUGACUAGCACUAAGCACUGUCAGAUCCUUUUCUGCCCUAGAUAACUUCAGUUUGUGCUUUCUGGCUGUCCUCAUAGCUCCCUGUGUCAUAAAUUCUUAUAUUAAGCUGUGUCUUGGGGUGCAGUUGUGUGCUUAUCUUGUGUUAGAAUAGAUUAGGGGGUUUUGUACAUGAAGCUUUUCUGUUAAUGUAAGCAAAAUCAUUCCUUUCUUGCUUUGAUUAUGAUAUUUAGAAAGAAUAAAAAGCUUUUGUGGCUUCCCAAUGUGUGUUACACUGAAGUUCACCACCUGGAAUCAUUCUGGUGACUCCUGCU